AUGACCAAACUUGGCCUUCCGGUUGUGGAUAUCUCACCCCAGGGCAAACAGCCACUUUCCUUUCAGCUGGGCCAUACCUUGAUCGAAGUAUGGGCUCCGCACCAAGACCCUCGUGUUCAUGACUUUGAGCCCGAUAGAUGGCAACGGGAGAUCUUGGACCAAAUCGACGCAGGAAAGAGCCCCUUCGUGGUGGCCCCGACAAGCGCAGGAAAGACAUUUAUUUCUUUCUAUGCAAUUAAGCAAAUCUUAGAGGGCGACAAUGAAGGAGCCAUUGUCUAUGUAGCCCCUACAAAGGCUCUUGUCAACCAAAUUGCCGUAGAGGUUCAGGCAAGAUUCUCUAAAAACUUCAAAGAAACUGGAGAAUCCGUAUUGGUGAUUCAUACGCGUGAUUACCGCAUCAAUAACCCGACUGGGUGCCAAGUCUUGAUUACAGUGCCUCACAUUCUUCAAAUCAUGCUCCUUGCCCCCGGGCAAAUGCAGACCUAUGACGACGGGGUUAUCUGGGAACAACUGCUUUUACUUGCCCCAUGGCCAAUCAUCGCGCUCUCCGCAACUGUCGGCAACCCACAGGAGUUUAACAAAUGGUUGGAAUUAACCCAGAGGGCAAAUGUUAACGAACUGGAGAUGAUCGAACACAGCACUCGCUACUAG